AUGGAAAUCGUUACUGAUGUGCUACAGAAGCUAAAUAGUGGCAAGGCCGGUGGGACUGACGAACUGGGAAACACCUUCUAUCGAGGCAGUGCAUUACCGCUCGCACAGAUCCUUGUGUCGCUGUUCGCACGGUCGCUCGAGUGCGGCGUGGUGCCGGCGUCUUCGGAGAAGCCAACAUCCAGUGCCUUAAGAAGUCAACCGCCGUGGCAUUGCCGCUGGAUCACAGGCCCAUCGCUCUUCUGA